AUGCAAGGAAUGGUCUCUCUCUCUCUCUCUCUCUCUCUCUCUCUCUCUCUCUCUCUCUCUCUCUCUCUCUCUCUCUCUCUCUCUCUCUCUCUCUCUACACAGUGGCAAGGAAUGGGCAUGGAGGGUCUGAAUUGGGGACUGGCUGACAGUUUUACUUUUCCUGAUACCAACUGGGCCGUGUGGAUGCGGGCGGUGGGCAACGGGAGCCAGGUCACGUCUGUGACCGCCAAUUUUGUCAUUCCCGAUGCGCCGCAAGAUCCAAAUGGACCAGCCUCACCAGGCUGGUGGAUUGCCUUGGUCAACUCAACGACGCAAAAUGCCUAUCUUCGCUCAGUCCUGGCUUGGGGCAAUACGCGACCACAGUUUGCCGUCUUUGGAGAGGCAUAUCGGGACUACAAUCACUCUUACUGGCAGGCGCGGCCUAUGCAUGUACUACCCGGAUCAACAGUGGGAUUGACCAUGAAGCUUACUUCUGGAGGCGACUACCACUUUGUGUUUACCUCGGUCUCACGAAUUUUGCAGGAAGGGGAUCUCUGGGCCGGCCCUGGUGACCACUACGGCGACCUUGUCAUUGGGAUGGAGAAUGCACCCUUGAACUGUGAGACCAUGCCCGGAAAUGGCCAAGUCGCCUUUUCCGGUCUCACCGUAACCUGGGCCAACGGUCAUAAGCUGACCGCUGCGGAUUUGGUCCAGGAUUCGCUUCCGGACAACACCCAGGCAUGCGACGUGACCAUCAAUGCGACGACAAGUGCCUCCGUUUUGGGCCCCCACGUUGAUCGCUCGGCGUCAAGCACCAGCAUCAUGGGAGGCAAGGGUUCCAAGGCCAAGAAGGAAGAGCCUCAAACACAAAUCACCUUUGAAGACAAGAACGGGGCUGCAUCCGCACCCGCACCCGCACCCGCACCUGCCGACAAGAAGUCUGAUAAAAAGGCCGCCAAGCAAGACAAAAAGGCCGACAAAAAGGCCGACAAGAAACAGACGGACAAAUUAAAAGAGUCCAAGUCUUCAGAAGACGUCGUUGUUGCUUUGCCCGAUAGCGUCGAGGACAACAACGCAGAAGCCAAGGCCGUCGCCCGCGUGCAAUCGAAAAAGAUUACGGGGCGCCUGGCGAUUGACAUUUCCAAGAAUGCUGCGUUUGCCAAUGAAACGCCCGAAGAGCCAGACAAGCAUGCCAAAUCGUCCAAACUCUUCAAAGCACAACAGGAAGAGCAUAGCCGCAUUUACAAAGCCUUAAACCCGGACAAGCUCUUUUACGAGAGCCGCCGCGAAAAGGAAGAGGCCGACAAGAUUCAGGUUGGCCGCGUUGGCUCACGCGAUUGGAACAUGCUUCGUGAUGAAGACGGCAACGUCAUUCCUGAUGAUUCUUCCGACGAGGAAGAAGCCGCUGCUCCGGAUGAGGCAGAUUAUGACACAGAUAACGCACCAGACUUUGGUGAGUUUGAGGAGGAAAUGAAGGCGCUGCGCGAGCGUCGCGCAGCUGCCGAGGAGGAACGUCGCAGCAAAAUGCGGGCCGAAUGGGAGGCCAAGAAGGCCGCCGAGGAAGCCGAGCGUCAAGCAGAGCUCAAGCGCAUCCAGGAAAAGGAGGCUGAGCUCAAGAAGAGGCAGGAGGAAAACAAGGAAGAUUUUGUCGAAGAUCGCAUCCAAAAGGUGGCUUCCGAAACCGACCAGUACCUGCGCCAGUUCUCCUUCCGAACAUGA